GACUAGAUGUUCCAUUUCUUCCCCAUUUCAGAAAAAUCGAACCCUGCCGAGUAAGCCGGCCACGAUACAGCUGCUCGUGUCUCCCUCUCGCUAGGUCCGCCGGCGGGCUGCUUGCUAGUUCCUCCCUUCUCAGUCGACAUCGAGCUGCUGCUCCCUGCUCUCCCGGUUAGCAACCCUCUCAGGCGACAGCCCACUCAAAUGGAAGUGCCACCGGUGGAGCAGCUGGCAGCCGCCACCCUCAGCGAUGGUGCUGCUGUGGCCAAGCACGAGUUCUCAGACCGUGUCCCUGUCCGUUCAAUCCUCUGCCGUCUGGACGGAGGGGCAGGGCUUGCUGGACAGCGUGUCAGGGUGGGCGGCUGGGUGAAGACAGGCCGGAAGCAGGGUGGUGGAUCGUUUGCUUUCCUUGAGGUGAACGACGGCACGUGCCCCGCGAACCUCCAGGUCAUUGUGGACGGUGGCGUGGCGGAUAUCAGCCAACUCGUGCCAACGGGCACUUGCGUUGCCCUAGAUGGCGUGCUGAAGGUCCCUCCUGAGGGGACGAAGCAGAAGAUUGAGCUCCGUGUUGAGGAGGUUGUCCACGUCGGACCAGUUGACCCAGCCAAGUACCCAUUGCCGAAGACCAAGCUUACGCUCGAGUUUCUCAGAGAAGUUGUGCAUCUCCGAUCAAGAACGAACGCGAUAUCAGCUGUGGCUCGGAUUCGUAAUGCAUUGGCCUACGCAACCCACACAUUCUUGCAGAAGCAUGGUUUCCUAUACAUCCACACCCCGAUUAUUACAACGAGUGACACUGAGGGCGCUGGUGAGAUGUUCCAAGUGACAACUCUUAUCAGUGAAGCUGAAAAAGUGGAGAAGGAUCUGAUUAAAAACCCUCCUCCAGCUGAAGCAGACAUUGAAGCCGCUAAGCUUCUCGUUAAGGAAAAGGGAGAGACAGUUGCUCAGUUGAAAUCUGCCAAAGCGGGCAAAGCAGAGAUUGCUGCAUGUGUGGCUGAGUUGAACAAGGCUAAAGAGAAUCUCUUGAAGCUUGAAGAGAGAUCAAAACUUAAGCCCGGUAUCCCGCAGAAAGAUGGGAAGAUUGACUAUUCCAAAGACUUUUUUGCCCGGCAAGCCUUCUUGACUGUCUCAGGGCAAUUGCAAGUGGAGACUUUUGCUUGUGCUGUCAGUAGUGUGUAUACUUUUGGGCCAACAUUUCGUGCUGAGCACUCACACACUUCAAGGCAUUUGGCAGAGUUCUGGAUGGUGGAGCCUGAAAUAGCUUUUGCUGACCUGAAGGAUGAUAUGAACUGUGCUGAGGCAUAUGUCAAAUUUCUGUGCAACUGGUUACUUGACAACUGUUUCGAUGACAUGGAAUUCAUGGCCAAGAAUUAUGACAAAGGUUGCAUCGAUCGCCUAAGAAUGGUUGGUUCAACUCCCUUUGAGCGGGUUUCCUAUACAGAAGCAGUGGCCAUUCUAGAGGAGGCUGUAAAGGGUGGUAAACAGUUUGAGAAUAAGGUGGAAUGGGGAAUUGAUUUAGCAUCUGAACAUGAAAGAUACUUGACUGAGGUGAAAUUCCAGAAGCCCGUUAUUGUCUACAAUUACCCGAAAGGGAUUAAAGCAUUCUACAUGAGGCUUAAUGAUGACGGGAAAACCGUGGCAGCUAUGGAUGUCCUUGUACCCAAGGUGGGAGAAUUGAUUGGUGGAAGCCAAAGGGAAGAUCGCUAUGAAAUUAUCAGAGAUAGGAUUACCGAGAUGGGACUGCCCCUCGAACCUUACGAAUGGUAUCUGGAUCUUCGACGUUACGGGACCGUAAAGCACAGUGGAUUUGGGUUAGGGUUUGAGCGGAUGAUUCUAUUUGCUACCGGUAUAGAUAACAUCAGAGACGUUAUUCCUUUCCCUAGAUACCCCGGGAGAGCAGAUCUCUGAGUUAUUCCACACAGUUUUCUGCUAAUGCUGCUAAAUAUUAUUUGCUCUUCUUGUCCAAAGAAAAGCAACUGUCCUCACUUAGCUUCUCCUUUCCGAGUUAUUCUUCGAGCGGAUGACAGUUAUUAAUAGAUGAAUCUGGAAACAGUAUAAGUAAAAAUAGUGGUGUUACUUUUUUUUUCCCCCCUGCAUUUCCCCUUUUGUUGAAUACAGAUUCAUGACUUGGGCUUUUAUGAUAGGGAAGUUAUUAUAGCAGAACGGUUUGUCAUUUUUGGGCUUGAAUUUGUGCUGCAGUAAUAUUGUGAAAGGUGAGCGAUUUGAGGUUCUGUGCUAUUUACAUUGCACACCCUAAGGCCUAAAGUGUGGGUGGUUGUUUUUCUGACUUUGCACUAUUA